AUGUGCUGGGUUUGGACAGCACUGCUGCCUCUGGCACUGUUGCUGAUAGUGCUCCCAGGCCGCACUGAAGGCUUCAAGCUGUGGACAAGAGAACCGGAGGUUACUGUGCCGCUUCUAAACCCUUCCUCUGAGCACAGCAGGCCAAGAGCACCACUGGCUCGAGCCAAACGCUACGCCAUUAACCCUCUGGGCUACAAAUGGGAGCACUUCAACAUCACUUACAAGAUAACAAAGUUCCCCAACACGCUUAAUAAAGAAGACACCCGUAAAGCCAUCAGCAUCGCCUUCACCAAAUGGAGCGACGUGUCCCCUUUAACCUUCACCGAAAUCACAGAUCCUAACAAGAACGCUGACAUCAUUAUUGGUUUCUACACAUUUAAUCACACAGACUGCUGGUGGUCUCCACUGCACCCCUGCUUUGACGGGCUGAACGGCGAACUGGCCCACGCCUUCCUGCCCCCGCGGGGCGAGAUUCACUUCGAUAACCACGAGUUCUGGAUCCUGGGAAAGUCACGCUUCAGCUGGAAGCAAGGCGUGUGGCUGAAUGACCUGGUGCAGGUGGCUGCCCAUGAGAUUGGUCAUGCUCUCGGCCUGUGGCAUUCGCGGGAUCCCAACGCUCUGAUGCACCCCAACGCCACCUACACAGGCCAGCGCAACAUCGCCCAGGACGACAUCUGGGGCAUCCAGCGGCUUUAUGGCUGCUUGGAUAAGAAGCGCGUGUGUGACCCCUGGGCCCGGUUAGGGUUUUGUGAGAGGAGACGGAGCUUCAUGAAGAAACACUGUCCUCAGCGCUGUGACCUGUGUUACGAACCACUGGAUGCUGUGUCCACCCCUACUCCUCCCCCUGCCAACGUUAAGGUCAAGAUGGUGCCUCGAGGCAAAGUGGUGGGCUUCCGCUGUGGGACGAAAAACACGAGAGUGCCUCCGAAAGUCAGCUGGUAUAAAGAUGGAGAGCAGCUGUUGACCUCCAUCCCUGGCUACAUUGUCAUCAAAGACCGCGACCUGCGCAUCGUGGCUAACGAGUUUAACGAGGGGACGUACACCUGCAGGAUCCACCGACGCGGCACCGUCGUCUCGGCCAACUCCUGGGCAAUCAGACUCAAACCAGAACGCUCAUCCAACAACAGCUGAUGACGAAAGAAUGAGGGAGUGGAGGGAGGAGAGACGGAUUUAAGCACUCACGCUACCUCCGCUCAGAACUUCUCUCCUUACCUCACAUUCAGAAACAACACAACUGCAAAUCGCAUCUACAUCCUCAGUGAACUGCUUCAUGGGAGAGUGGAAGAUUGUCUCAGAGAGACACAAAAGCUGGCUCGUGUGCUGAAAGAAGGGCUGGAUGCUGUAGCAAUUAUGUUUUUUUGUAUGUAUAUACAUCUGAUUUACAGUCAUAUGCAAAAGUUUGGGUACUCCUGGUCAAAUUAAAUCAUCAUCGUUAGCUGCUUAGUCCAGAUAGGGUUGCGGGAGCAGUUGGGAGAUCAGAGAAUCCCAGACGACCCUGUUCCCCGUUCCUUCAGCUCAUUCCUGGGCACCCCAAGCCGCUCCCAGACUAACUUGGAGAUGUAAUCCCUCCAGUGGGUCCUAGGACGACCCUGGGGUCUUAUCCCGGUAGACUCUGCCUGGUACAUCCCCACAAGGCAGUGUCCAGGGAGCAUCUGAUCCACCUCAGCUGGCUCCCCUCAAUGUGGAGGGGUAGCGGCUCUACUCCGAGCUCCUCCUGGAUGGCCGAGCUCCUCACCCUAUCAAGUAGAGUGUAGGUGCCACCCUGCGAAGAG